AUGGCUCCCGGCGGCGGCGGUAAUAUCAAGGUGGUGGUGAGAUGUCGGCCGUUCAACAGCAGAGAGAUCGACCGAGGGUCAAAAUGUAUCGUGGAGAUGAAAGGAAACCAGACCGUCUUGACGCCACCACCGGACGCUGCGAGCGCAGGUGGUAAAGGUGGCAAGGACACAGCUCAGAAGGCUUUCGCAUUCGAUAGGUCAUACUGGUCUUUCAACAAGGAGGAUCCGAACUAUGCCGGCCAGGAGAACCUGCACGACGACCUCGGAAAGCCCCUUUUGGACAAUGCAUUCGGAGGCUACAACAACUGUAUCUUUGCCUACGGUCAGACUGGUUCGGGAAAGUCGUACUCCAUGAUGGGAUACGGCAAGGAGCACGGAAUCAUCCCCAAAAUUUGCCAGGACAUGUUCCAACGCAUCACGCAGCUGCAAGAAGACAAGACCCUGAAAUGCACCGUCGAGGUCUCGUAUCUCGAAAUCUACAACGAACGAGUGCGAGAUCUUCUGAACCCUUCCACCAAAGGAAACCUGAAGGUUCGAGAACAUCCUUCAACUGGUCCAUACGUCGAGGACUUGGCAAAGUUGGUCGUUACUAGUUUCCAGGACAUUGAACACCUGAUGGACGAGGGUAACAAGGCCAGAACGGUGGCCGCCACAAACAUGAACGAAACGUCCAGUCGAAGUCACGCCGUUUUCACCCUGAUGCUCACCCAGAAGAAGUUUGACACCGAGACCAAGAUGGAGAUGGAAAAGCAGGCCAAGAUCAGUCUGGUAGAUCUGGCUGGUUCGGAGCGAGCAACGUCUACUGGUGCCACCGGUGCUCGUCUCAAGGAAGGAGCCGAAAUCAACAGGUCACUAUCUACUCUAGGUCGUGUCAUCGCCGCAUUGGCAGAUUUGUCCACUGGCAAGAAGAAGAAAGGGGCUGGCGGCCAAGUUCCGUACCGAGAUAGUGUUCUAACGUGGUUGCUCAAAGACUCACUCGGAGGAAACAGUAUGACUGCAAUGAUAGCAGCAAUCAGCCCUGCCGAUAUCAACUACGACGAGACCCUCAGUACCCUUCGCUAUGCUGACUCGGCUAAGCGAAUCAAGAACCACGCUGUCGUCAACGAAGAUGCCAAUGCUCGCAUGAUCAGAGAGCUCAAGGAGGAGCUGGCUUUGCUGAGGAGCAAGUUGGGUGGCGGCGGCGGAGGUGCCGGCGGAAGCGGGAUUGUCGUGCCCCCUGAAGAGGUGUACGCCGAAGGAACACCCCUUGAGCAGCAGAUUGUCAGCAUCACAUCGGCAGACGGCACGGUGAAGAAAGUGUCCAAAGCUGAGAUUGCUGAACAACUAAGCCAGAGCGAGAAGCUACUGACAGAUCUCAACCAGACCUGGGAAGAGAAGUUGCUCAAGACGGAAGAGAUCCACAAGGAACGUGAGGCUGCACUCGAAGAGCUCGGCAUCAGUAUCGAGAAAGGAAACGUUGGUCUUCACAUGCCCAAGAAGAUGCCACAUUUGGUGAACCUGUCAGACGAUCCGCUGCUAGCGGAAUGUCUUGUGUAUAACAUCAAGCCAGGCACCACGACAGUCGGUAACGUCGAGUCAAAUGCAGAGAACCAAGCAAACAUUAGACUCAACGGAACUCGUAUCUUGCAUGAGCACUGCUCGUUCGAGUACGCCGCCGAUGGUACUGUUACAGUUGUCCCCAAUGAAGGGGCUGCAGUCAUGGUCAACGGACAACGGAUUAGCGAACCCAGUCGACUUCACUCUGGAUAUCGUAUCAUCCUAGGCGAUUUCCAUAUUUUCAGAUUCAACCAUCCGAUGGAGGCCAAAGCAGAACGUGAUGAAAACCGCCAAACUCUUCUACGUCAAUCUGUGACAGCGAGCCAGCUGGGUCUGGACCGCAACUCCCCCACUCCCACCACCCCAUCAAGACCAGGGCACGAGCGGACAUUCAGCAAAGCUGGAUCGGAGUUUGGCGACAGUCGACCCGAAUCACCGGCUCCAGCCCGUGAUAAGGAUUCAGACUGGUCUUUAGCUAGACGUGAGGCCGCUGGGGCGAUCUUGGGUCAAACCGAGCAAACUCUUGCCAAGCUGACGGAUGACGAACUGAAUGCGCUGUUUGAGGAUGUACAGCGCGUGAGGGCUGAGCGUGUCUAUGGUAAAGAAGGCGAUGAGGAUAUGGAUUCAGUGACAUCAUACCCCAUUCGAGAAAAGUACAUGUCAACGGGUACAAUCGACAACUUCUCCCUAGACACAGCUCUUACGAUGCCGUCCACUCCCAAGGCCGGCGAGGUAGAUGAUCGCCUCAGGGAAAUCCGGGAAACCAUGCAGACACAACUCGAAAAGCAGAAAGAGGAGUACCAAGAUCAGCUCAAGAGUGCCGAGGCGGCUAAUGUUGAGGUUGAGGAGAUCAAGAAAGAGAAGAUCAAGAUGGAAGAAACCUUGGUCCAGCUCAAAGCUGAAAUGCAAAAGCAACUAGAAGUCCAAAAGCAGGAAUUCCAGGCGAAGAUAGAAAAGCUCGACCCCCUCAAGAGACCGAAACCUAAGGCGCGGCUGUCUGAGGAAGAUAUCAAGAGGGCGAAGAAAGCAAUUAAGCAGUGGAGGAGCCGACAUUAUGUCCAGAUGGCCGAAAACGUUUUACAGCACGCCGCCACGCUGAAGGAAGCCCAAAUCAUGAGUGAGGAGCUAGGUGAAAACGUUGUCUUCCAAUUCACCGUGGUGGACGCAGGACAUGCAGUAUGCUCAACCUACGACAUGGUGCUGAAUGACGUGUCCAAUGAAGGCGACGACAUCGCCCUCGAGGAAGCUCAGAAGCCUUGUGUUGGUGUUCGAGUUAUCGAUUACAAGCACACCGUGGUCCAUCUUUGGAGUCUGGACAAACUGCACGACAGAGUUCGACAGAUGCGACAGAUGCACCAGUACCUCGACCAACCGGAAUACAGCCAACAUUUCAAGCUCGACAACCCGUUUGUUGAACCUUGUAUGCCGGAGUACUCCCUCGUCGGUGAGGUGGACGUCCCUCUUCGGGCCGUGUUCGAUAGUCGGGUACAAGACUUUACUCUCGAUGUAUUAUCGCCGCAUACCUCGCAUGCCAUUGGUAUAAUCAAGCUUUCACUGGAACCGUCGAGUGCUCGCGCGCCUUCCAGUACCCUGAAGUACAAUGUGGUCAUGCAUGACAUGGUCGGCUUUGCUGAGCGAGAAGGAACUGACGUCCACGCUCAGCUCUUUAUUCCCGGGGUUUCGGAAGAUGGCAUUACAACGACCCAAAUGAUCAAGGACUUCGACGAGGGCCCCAUCCGGUUUGACAGUGUUCAUAGUAUGAGCGUUCCGCUGUUCGGCUCACAAGACGUGAAUCUUCGAGUAGCUCUGUUCGCCAAAGUCUCAACGAUGCAUCUCGACAAGCUCCUCAGCUGGGACGAGAUGCGUGACUCCGCACCGGGUUCCGAGAACAAGUCGAAGAAGGAUGCUAGGAUCAACGAGUCACACUUCUUCACCGAAGAGAAACAUGAUCUUCUCGCCCGAGUUCAGAUUCUUGAGCUUUCAGAGAAUGGAGAGUACGUCCCAGUCGAGGUCACACAGAUAAACGAACUUGACAGUGGCACGUUCCAACUCCAUCAAGGACUACAGCGACGAAUAGCUAUCAACUUGACACAUAGCUCGGGCGAUGCUUUACCCUGGGACGAUAUCAGCUCAGUACGUGUGGGGCGCAUUCAGCUGGUUGAUAAUGCCGGCAAAACCCCUGAUAUGGGGCAGCCGACGCCAGACAUUCCCUUGAGGCUUAGCUUGAAGCCAACUUUCCGUCAAAACGCCAAUGGUACUCGCAGUGUCACUAUCAGUGGACAGUGGGACUCCAGUUUGCACAACUCUCUUCUGCUAGAUCGGGUAACUGCCGACAAGUACAAGGUGCAACUGAGGCUGUCUUGGGACAUUAGCUCAGACAAGCUUGCAGAACCUAUGAAGUUCUCCACUACAAUGUUUUGCCAGAUCUUGGGAAGAUCGUUUAUACGACAAGCAUCAAUGCUCUCAGCGCUUUGGCAAAACGUUCGAAUAGUUCACUCAUCCAGCAUCAUGUAUACCCUCAACAUGCGCCCAGCACCUAUCAAGAGAGUUGGCGAUCUGUGGAGGAUCAAUAGCAUGCAUGACUAUGUCAAGGGCGAAGAGAAUCUCAAUAACUGGGCGCCUCGGGGCGUAUCUCUCAUUGGCGAUUUCAUUGCUGCUCAGAAGAAAAGGCGACGUAUCGCAGAGAUCGGCGGUGCUCAACUCUUCCUCAAAAAGAUUGGGUUACCUGAAUCGAAGAACAAGCCUGCGGAAGAGGAUCACCAUUCUGAUUCGGACUUCUCUCCGGUACCUAAAGGCCACGAUGAUGAUGACGACUCUAUUCACGCCCUUUUGAAUGAUACACCGCAGACCUCCCGCCCCUCGACGCCUAAGCCAGAAGACGGUGAGACAAACGGCAAUGCUGACAGCCAAGAAGAGAAUCAAGAAGAGUCAAAGUCUGAGCCUACUGAGCCUGCUGAGACUGAUGCCAAACCUGAAAUCACGGAAGCACCUCCGGAACCCGAGUACAACGAGCACGAAUCACGCAUCCUUGAUAAAUGCCUGAAGUUAUGGACAAGGCAUCCAGACCCUGUCAUCAAAAUUCUAAGGCCAGAGAAUACCGCGCCGCCGGCUGAUGGUGUUGCACCUGAGACUAGCACUCCUCCAGAGCUCAUAACGACAAUUGUUCGUGUACCCAAGAAUCCUAAGGUUUUGAAGGGUGGAUACCUACUCGUACCCAACAAUGACUCAAGUAAAUGGGUCAAAAGGUUCGUCGAGUUGCGGAGGCCAUACCUUCACAUCCAUAACGCAACGGAUGGUGAUGAAGUUGCCAUCGUCAGCUUGCGCAACUCAAGGGUGGACAGCCAGCCAGAAAUCCUUGCCCUUUUCAAUGGUCACGACCCACAUGACGACGAUGAGGGUUCAGUGAGCGGAGACUUCCGACCCGGCCAUCGGCGAACGUCCUCGGGACGUAUAGUCUCUUCACUGUGGAACGGCACAGGCGGCAGUUCUGCUGGGCCUGGUCUUGGCGGCUUGAGCGAGCGCUUGCAAGCAGGCGUUUUUGCCGUCUAUGGAACAGACAAUACGUGGUUGUUUGCAGCUCGCAAUGAACGCGAGAAGCUUGACUGGAUCUUCCGGAUUGAUCAGAGCUAUUUCUCGGGCAGUGGCAGUGCGAGCGGUAGUGGCGCCGUCAGCCCUCAGCGCGCAGAUUACGCAUAUGGUGAUGACUAUUGA